CAGCCAGCAGCGGCUCUGUGUCACUGGGUGUUUUCUACGGGACGAGGAAGGAGCCAACGCCGCCGUUCAGGCUGUCAUUUCCGCUUGUCGGUGCGGUGCCGACCCCCAGCAGCAUGGAAGAAGUCAUCCUCAUGUGUGAAUCUAUGUCGUGGCCGCUGUUUCUGGAGUAGAGAGGCUCGCCUGCGUCUGGUGAACCCGCCUGCCGUCCUGAGCGCUGCCUGCAGCGGUAGUGUAGAUGCCUUGGCUGAGAUGAGUGUGAAGGCUUUUGAGCUUGUCCCCGCUGUGGAGCGAGAUCUCCUCAUGGGCGACAAAGCUCGGAUCAACAUCGAGUGCAUUGAAUGCUGUGGGAAGCACUUGUACGUGGGCACCAACGACUGCUUCAUCCACCACUUCCUGCUGGACGAGGUCACGUCUUCCAAAGGGAAACUGAGUUACUCGCCUCAGAAGCUGCUCCACAAAUACCUGGGCCUCAAGAAACCAGUUGCUGAGCUGCGUGCUGCUUCUGCUUUGGAGCGCCUGAUAGUACUCUGUGAUGGAAUCGUGUUCCUCGUUGACAUGGUGACGUUAGAGACUGUGCCCUCGGCUGCAGGAGGCGGAGCCAAGAUCAGAGGUGUUACGUCGUUUUGCAUUAAUGAGAACCCGGUGAACGGUGAUCCCUUCUGUGUGGAGAUGGGAGUACUCUCCUCCAAGCGGCGGACAGUGCAGAUUUUCAUGGUGUACGAGGACAGAGUCCAGCUGGUCAAAGAGGUGACCACUCCUGAGCAGCCGUGUGCUGUCAGUCUCGAUGGUUACUUCUUGUGCUUGGCCCUCGCCACACAAUACAUGAUCCUGAACUACAACACAGGAGCUUCUCAAGACCUCUUCCCUUACAACAGUGAUGAGAGGAGGCCGAUUGUAAAAACAAUCGGCAGGGAGGAGUUCCUCUUAGCAGCACCAGGUGGUCUCGGAAUGUUUGCCAAUGCAGAAGGGGUAUCUCAGCGGGCUCCAGUCAACUGGUCAGAGAGCGUGAUUGGUGCCGCUGUGUGUUUUCCAUACGUGGUGGCCUUGGAUGAGAGCUUCAUCACCAUCCACAGCAUGUUGGACCAACAGUUAAAACAGACCCUUUCAUUCAGGGAUGGACACAUUCUGCAAGACUUUGAAGGGAAGGUAAUCCUGGCUUCCACUAAGGGAGUGUACGUCCUGGUGCCUCUGCCACUGGAGAGACAGAUCCAGGACCUACUGGCCAGUCACAGAGUGGAGGAGGCACUCACCCUCACUGAGGGAGCACAGAGAAAUAUUUCCAAAGACAAGUUCCAGAUUUUGCACAAACGAAUCCUCCAGCAGGCGGGCUUCAUACAGUUCGGCCAACUUCAGCUUGUAGAAGCAAGAGAACACUUCAGGAAGGGUCAGCUGGAUGUGCGAGAGCUGAUAUCUCUCUACCCUCUACUGCUGCCAUCUUCCUCUUCUUUCACUCGCUGCCACCCUCCUCUCCACGAGUUCGCCGAUCUCAACCAUCUGGCACAGGGGGACCAGGAGAAGGUGCUGCGGUGCAAGAGAUUCCUCAUCAGUUAUUUGGGCGAGGUACGAAGCACAGAGGUGGCUAAUGGUUGCAGAGAGGACGUGGACACAGCACUGUUAAAGCUGUAUGCUGAACAAGAUCACGACAGCCUUCUAGACCUGGUAGCUUCAGACAAUGCCUGCCUGAUGGCAGACAGCGUCCCGUGGCUAGAAAAAUAUCACAAAUAUUUUGCACUUGGGCUGCUCUAUCAUUAUAACGGUCAGGAUUCAGCAGCACUUCAGUUGUGGAUUCGUGUGGUAGAUGGGGAUCUGCAAGACUCAACAAGAUCUGAUCUUUAUGAGUACAUUGUGGACUUCCUCUGCUCCUGCUCCAAUCAGGACCUUGUAUGGAAGUAUGCAGACUGGGCCUUGCUGAAGAAUCCCACCAUAGGCAUCCACAUCUUCACUAAGAGACCUGUCUGUAAAGACCACCCACAGUUGAAUUCUGACGAUGUCAUCAGUUACCUGGGAAAGCACAGCCAGGCUCUGCUUCUUUACUUGGAACACCUGGUGCUGGAGAGAAAGAUACAGAAAGAGAAGUUCCACACACACCUGGCUGUGUUGUACCUGGAGAGGGUCUUGUCUCUGCUCUCACAGUCCCCCACAGAUGAACAGCAAGUCAGCAGUGCUAGAGACAGACUCCAGUCCCUGCUCAGGGAGUCCAACCUCUACAGAGCACAGUCUCUUUUAGGUAAGAUGGAGAACUGUGAACAACUGCUGCUAGAGCGUGCAACACUACAUGGGAAACUGGAGGAGCACGAUAAAGCUCUGCAUAUACUGGUGCACAAGCUCAGAGACUUCCCUUCCGCCGAGGCCUUCUGCAUAUGGGCAUCGUCUUGCCGGGACAAUGCUUAUCAGCAGCAGCUGUUUCACAUGCUCUUGGGAGUUUAUCUUGACUCGACGAGCCAUCCCGGAAAGUCCCAGACUUCAGCAGAAGGUGGCAGUGGAGACUUGGAGAUGGCAGCGGUGGACCUCCUUAACCGCCACGGCGAGGUGUUCGACGCCGCCCGUGUCCUUCGCAUGUUACCAGAAGGCUGGUCGAUGCAGCUGCUGCGGCCCUUUCUGGGUCGAGCGGUCAGGGCCAGCAUGCACGCCUGCCGCACCUCUCAGAUUGCUGUGGGGCUUGCCCACUCCGAAAACCUUCAACUGCUGCACGACAGGUUGAAAGAGCGUAAGAAACCCAUCUUUGUGUCUGAAAAGAAAGGAUGCCACCUGUGCCACAACACCUUCAGUGAGCCCGAUGUGGUGUGUCUGCCCGGUGGAGUGCCUGUCCACACUCACUGCGUCGCCCAGAGAGUAAGAGACUCUCCCACAAAGAGACUGUUAACUAAUAACAGUAACCACACGUGAGACUCGAUCCUUUAACCUGUCAUGUGAUUUGUGAUCAGUGGCACCAAACUAAAGCAGGACAUGCUGCGAUUUGGGAUGGCUGAGGACUGAGGGGGUAAACAACAAAAAAAGCACAGAGCACACUUUGCCAAUGAAGAAUAUGCUGUGGAGUUAAUGAGAGAUGCAAACAACGCUGUUUUGGCCUUUGUAUGUGUGUGAGGGAGAAACCGAUGAUUUCAGCUAUUUAUUCCUGUGCUUCAAUAAAACCACACUUUCAGAUUGCAAGUUUUUAUAGAAGUAAAAACACAACAUCUAAGUCAUCUUGCCGUUUUUAAUAUAUUUAAACAAAGACGGGCUGCUUACCUUUUUUGUGAGUUCAGUACUGUUUCCGUCCUUGUCUUCACACUUACAGUUUUACACCUGAAUCUAAGAAACCGCUUGAAAUACAGAAAACUCACAAUAUUUGAAUUAUUUAGAAAUAUUAUUGAAGCAUGAACAGUAUCACCAAUGGUAUGUUUUACGGCUGAUCAACUCAUAUGGGUAACAUAUUAACAAUGUCCUAACUUGCUCAUUGAAAUGUCAUGUUUCAGUCUCUUGUUCCUGAGAUCUGCUCUCGGUGCUGCUUUAAUUUCUCCCUCAUCCAUUUGGGUGGUCCAAUGCUAUUGACAAUAUUUCAGUCAGUGACUUAACGGCAGCAGUUUAUUCCAAACCUUUUCCAUGUUGAAUGUCCUGUUUGUUUAGAUUAUAGCCCAUUAAUCAUCAUCAACAAGUCAGUUGUGGAGACCUUCUAAAAACAAAGCUCAAAUCAAAUGAACUACUGAUCAGCACACAUGGCAGCAAAUAUUACGGCUCAGUUAUAUUGUGAAAUAAUGUUGAAAUCAAGCUUCAGAUAUAUUUGUUUGAUAUCAAGUUACUGAAUGGGAUCGUCACUGUCCACCUGCCAUCGUGUUGUUUGUUUAUUACAAACAAUAACAUAGAUAAAGUUAAUUUGAAUCCUGCUUCUGUCAACACUAAACAAAUGUCCUGUCAAAAUGUGCGGCUGAUAAACUUCUAUAAUGUGUAGUAAAAGAGGUAAUUUGUUCCAAACAGGUGAAUAAACAUUGUCAAUCAGUA